CUUUUAGUUAAAAGCUGUGCUUUCUAUAGCAAGAAAAACUCUUUUUCUCCAUCUUUUUACAGCUUCAUAUAUUUCAUACAGAGUUCAGAGGAAAAGGAACAAGUUUUAUGUAAUUAUACCAUGUGCACGUUUUUUUGACCUGUCUGCAAUUUUACAUUUAAUGGUGGUGAACGAAAUAUCGUAAAACAAUUAUUAGUACGCGAGAUCUGAGUCAUUCAAUAGUUAGUACAUAAUAAACCUAACAUUCACUCAUAUCUACAAAUAUGUUCAUUUGGGACUGGUUUGCAGGAGUUUUAAAUUACCUUGGUCUUUGGAAAAAGAGUGGUAAACUCUUGUUUCUUGGUUUAGAUAAUGCAGGCAAAACCACGUUACUUCACAUGCUCAAAGAUGAUCGACUAGCUCAACAUGUACCUACAUUACACCCAACAUCAGAAGAACUUUCUAUUGGAAAUAUGAGGUUUACAACAUUUGAUCUUGGAGGACAUCCUCAAGCUCGAAGAGUUUGGAAAGACUAUUUUCCUGCAGUAGAUGCAAUAGUAUUCCUUAUUGAUGCAAGUGACAGAACACGGUUACCAGAAUCGAAAGCUGAAUUUGAUGCACUUUUAACUGAUGAACAACUCAGUGCAUGUCCAGUUUUAGUGCUAGGUAAUAAAAUCGAUAAACCAGGUGCAGCAUCAGAGGAUGAACUUAGAAAUUAUUUCAAUCUUUAUGGUCAAACAACAGGAAAAGGAAAAAUUUCUCGCAAUGAAAUACCUGGUCGUCCAUUGGAAUUAUUUAUGUGUUCAGUACUGAAAAGACAAGGGUAUGGUGAAGGUUUCCGCUGGCUUGCUCAGUACAUUGAUUGAAUGCAUACAGUAAUUUAAAUACUCAGAUUUGUGGCAGUUCAUUACAUUUCCCUUUCCUCUAAUUCAUAUUGGAUAUUAGUACAGAAGUGUAUUAUCCUUCAUGUGAAUUGAGCAGUAGGGAAGGAAUAUUAAUAUAUAAACUGCAAUAACAGAUUCAGAACAGUGCAAAUAAGUUUAAAAAGAAAAACUCAAAAAUAUAACAUGACGAACGUGAUAGAACUAACUUUUUAUUUUAAUACAUAAAGCCUAUAAGCUAUAUAAAUUUUUUUAAUUUCAUAUAAAUUCUGUGAAUUUUCGUCAUUUUGCAAAUUAUAUUAUGAAAACACACUUGACAUAAUAAAAAUAAACAUUUUGAUAAAUAAAGUAAUAAAUUAUUCAACAAUUUUAAGUGUUUCUCAAAAUUAUUUUUUAUAAUGUAAAUGUUUUAAUUACAUCAAGAAUAUUUUAAGUAUUUUUGAAAAUUAAAAAGGUACGAUAAAUGUAUUUGGUUUGGUUUUUCUGUUUUACUUCAAUAGUAAGGAUAUAAAUAAAGUGAAAAUAUACUUGUUUAA